CUCACACAGACAGACGAACAGACAGACACUGAAGCUGCUGAUCUGAACCACAACCAGGACCAGACCCCUAACUGAACCAGGACCAAUCCAUCACCUGAAUCAGGACCAGACCUCCAACUGAACCAGACCUCCAGAGUCAGAGAUCCACAGUUAGAAUGUUGUGUCCCAGCGUCUUCCAGCCCUCCUCCGUCUCCAUGAGGCCCUUCCUGGACUUCCACUGGCCAAUCCGCAGCCUGUGGCCUGAGACCCGGCCGCUGUUCUUCCAAAUCGAACAGGAGAUGCUCCGCCACCUGCAGGAGAUGAAGCAGAACAUGGAGUACAUGGAGAGGCUGCACCAGAAGAUCUUUGAUGAGAUUGACCACUCCUCCUCAGGGGUCUUCAGGCCCAUCGCCUUCCAGGACACAGGGCUGGAUGGUGGUAACUUCGCCCUCAGCCUGGACACGGUGGAGUUCGCCCCAGAGGAACUGUCAGUCAAACAGGUGGGCAGGAAGCUGAGGGUCAGCGGGAAGACGGAGAAGAAGCAGGAUGACGGGAAGGGGUCGUACUCGUACCGGUGUCAGGAGUUCAGGCAGGAGUUCGACCUGCCCUCCGGCGUGGACCCUGAGACCGUUACCUGCUCAUUGGUAGGCGGUCGGCUGCAGAUCCAGGCGCCACGUGACAGAGCACUGAGUGAUGGGAAGGAGAGGGUGGUGCCCAUCAACGUCACAUCAGCUCCGGCACUCACCUCCACCUGUCGGGGGGCGGAGUCAAGCAGCCCCUCCCCCUCAGAGAGCAGCACUGCUGAGAAAAACUGAACUGACGACAGAGUGAUGCAUCUCAUCUCCACAAAUCUCUGAUGUCUGUGUUUCAGGGAACAGGCUGGUUUUCUUUUCUGCCAGUUUGACUGUUUGGAAUAAAUAUGGAACUGUUUCUUGUCCUGUUUCAUAUUUUUCAUGACUACUUUUCUUCGAUGAGCCAUAACAGAAUGAAGAUGGCAACACUGGAUUUAUUUUAAAAAAAAACAACCUGUAAAAGUAUAAAAUCCAUUCUCAAAUGAAGGUCUCAUGUAUGAAUCAGUGCCUGAAAACAUAUAUCCUUUGUUUUUUUAGUAAUGUGCUGCAUGGUUGUAAUAUUUACUAACACAUGUGCCUGAGUAUCUUGAAAAUAAAAAAUAACUCUUCUCUUGUA